CUUAGAAGGUGGAGUCUCCUUGCAAUAAGAUUAAAAAGAAAAAAGAAAGGUGAGAGGAAAUGUCAUAGGGUUUUUGCCCUAUUUGGCAAACAGCUCAGAUAAGCCACCCCAGGCUUAUCUGUGUGUAUGUAUGUACAUACAUACAUUCAGGAGACAGUUGCUCUUGCAACUUCCUUGCUUGAAGUCCCUAAAGAUCUUUCGCAACCCCAUCUGCAGCUGACCCCUCCUCCCUUCAUCCUCUUCGCACAGAAGAUACGGCCCCUUAUAGCAAUGCAUGCAUUCUGAAGACUGCUAGGGAUUGUUUUCUUUUUGUCCUAUUCUGCUGUGCCUGGAUGUUGCAGUCCUGUCUGUCUUCUGCCUGCGACCGCUGCCAUGCACCACUCUGAAGCUGACAGCUCCCUGUCGAUCUACAUGGGUGCAGUGGUGCUCUACGGAGGGACGAUCCUUUACCGAGCCAAAAAGAACUGUGUGGAGAAGGCAACCCCCUUUUCCUGGGGUCUCCUCUUGCUCCUUGCUUUAGGAGUCCUGUGUUUUGCCACGCUGAGAAGUUACCUGGGCUUGAGUUUGUUCUCGCUGAUGUGCUUCCUCUUCUGCAUUUACACAUCUGAUCAAGCCCUGCUUCCUGUGGACCGCAAAGCAGUACUCAUCACAGGAAGCGAUAGUGGCAUUGGGCAUGCAUUGGCGAAGUACCUUGACCAUUUAGGAUUCACCGUGUUUGCCACCGUUCUGAAUGAGAGAGGGCCUGGUGCAGAAAAACUGAGGCAGUCCUGCUCGGAUAGACUUUUUGUUCUGCAACUAGACAUCACCAAUUCGGCACAGAUUAAAGAAGCGUACCUUGAAGUAAGAAGAAAGUUGCAAGGUGCAGAUCUCUGGGGUGUCGUCAACAAUGCCGGGGUCCUGGGUCUCCCGGGAGAUGGCGAACUGCUCCCUAUGCAUUCUUACAAGCAGUGCAUGGAUGUCAAUUUCUUCGGUCCCGUUGAAGUGUCAAAAGUAUUCUUGCCAUUGCUCCGCAAGUCCAAAGGAAGGCUUAUUAACAUUUCAAGCAUGGCAGGAGGUAUCCCCAUGCCAGGCCUCGCUGCCUACGGUGCAUCCAAAGCAGCCCUAUCCAUGUUUUCUGGAGUCAUGAGACAAGAGCUCUCCAAAUGGGGCAUUAAAGUAUCUGUGCUUCAUCCAUCAGGCUUCAGGACAUGUAUCCAGGGAACUCCGGAGCUCUGGAAUAAAGAAGAAUGCACCCUUCUUGAGAAUCUCAUGCCUGAUGUGAAGCAAGAUUAUGGCGAAGAUUACAUCCUCAAGAUGAAGAUGGUUCUCAAUGCCAUGUCAUCUGUUUCCGGGUCAGAUCUCUCCCCUGUGCUUAGUGAUAUUUUACACGCAUUAUUGGCAGAGCGCCCAUGUGGUUUAUACACUCCAGGCAAGAAUGCUUACAUAUGCCUUCUCAUCUUCUGGUAUACUCCUCUCUGGUUUUCUGACUUUUGCAUAAGGAAAAUUUUCAGCACCUCAGACAUGCCCAGUGCUCUCAGAGCAGCAGAGAAAGAAAACAAGAACAUAUAGGCAGAUACUGCCUGACAUAGUCAUUUGUUUGUCAGACUAUUUAGCUGCCUUGUGAGUGUUGGGAAUCUUGCAUUUCAUGUGUUAAAAAACACAUUUGAUGCAUAAAAGAAGAGGGGAGUGUUUAGAUUUAAGACAGAAACCCUCUCUAUUCUGUACAUUGCACCUCUUAUCUACUAUUUUUAAUAUCUUUUUCUCUUGAGUUAGGCUGAACUGAAACUCCUUUUAAAA